AAGAAAAGAUGCCAUCAAGUCUACUCUUCAGCCAUUGUAUUUCAACGGUGUGCUUGUAACACAGUCAUUUCGUGGAUUUCAAUAUACUCAGAUUUUAGCUAUCCAGUUGAAUUGAACAAAACCUAGUCUGCACACGGAUUUUAAAGAAGAUCAUUCCUAAAAUAAUUGUUUUUUUUAGGGCUCACGCGAUAUUAAAUUUGCAGCAGGCUACGUGCGCUACGUGCACAGCAUUCCAGACGUCGGAAUCCAGCUUUCUCUCUGGCUAAAUUAUAAAACUAGCUACUUUGUUUAUUUUCCACAAAACUUUUGUUAUUAAACCAAUAGUAUUUUCUCUACGGAUCCGGUUUCUAUUUAGAUGGCAAGCUUCCCUAAUUCUGUAAACGAAAAUGAAAUAGGUAAGGCUAAGUUCAUUGGUGAACUCUUAGUGCCUGUUGCUCCCUUUGACCAGAAGUCCGGGCGAGAGACCUGGACUGUAGCCUUUGCACCUGAUGGUUCCUACUUCGCUUGGUCUCAAGGGCAUCGCAUUGUGACGCUUGUUCCCUGGUCAAAAUGCCUGAAGAAUUUUGUUGGGGAAGGCUCCACCGGAGCGGGCCCUCGGCGUUUGUCGCGGCAGAACAGCGAGGGGGGAACAGUGGUGCCAGUGGGCGAGCCCAGGGAGCAUACCAUCGACUGCGGUGACAUCGUGUGGGGCCUGGCCUUUGGCUCAUCUGUGCCAGAGAAGCAGAGUCGCUGCGUCAACAUCGAGUGGCACCGUUUCAAGUUCGGUCAGGACCAGCUGCUGCUUGCUACGGGCCUCAACAAUGGACGUGUCAAGAUCUGGGACGUCUAUACUGGAAAGCUGUUGCUGAAUCUCAUGGACCAUACAGAUAUAGUGCGAGACCUGACUUUCGCCCCUGACGGCAGCCUCAUGCUAGUCUCGGCAUCCAGAGACAAAACCCUGAGGGUCUGGGACCUGAAAGAUGACGGCAACAUGGUGAAAGUGUUGCGGGGUCAUCAGAACUGGGUCUAUUGCAGCGCAUUCUCACCAGACUCCUCAGUCCUCUGCUCUGUCGGAGCCAGUAAAUCGGUGUUCCUUUGGGAUAUGGAUAAAUAUUCCCUGAUCCGGAAGCUGGAGGGUCACCAUAAUGACGUGGUGUCCUGUGAGUUCUCUCCUGAUGGCGCCUUGCUCGCCACCGCUUCCUACGACACCCGCGUCAUCAUCUGGGACCCCCAUGUGGGCACUGUGCUGCUGGAGCUAGCGCACCUCUUCCCUCCCCCCUCGCCCAUCUUUGCAGGAGGGGCCAACGAUCGCUGGGUACGUUCCGUAGCAUUCUGUCACGACGGGCGUCACAUCGCCAGCAUCACUGACGACAGAAUGGUGCGUUUCUGGACCAUUGAUGAGAAGUCUCCCAAAGCCAUCGCUCCCCUCAUUAAUGGCCUCUGUUGUGCCUUCUCCAUUGAUGGGAGUGUCUUAGCAGCUGGAUCUCGAGACGGCAGCGUGCAUUUCUGGGCGUGCCCAAAGGGCAUUGCCAGCCUGCAGCACCUGUGUCGCAUGGCACUACGACGGGUCAUGUCCACCCAGCAGGUGCAGACGCUGCCCAUCCCGCCCCGCAUACGCUCCUACCUGUCUUACCAAGAUCUCUAGCCCUUCACCCUCACCGCUCAACACCGCACGCUGGAAACCAAUGAAUAUUACCUUCCUAGAAAAAACACCCAGGAUAAAGAAGACAACAAAAGAGGAAAACUUGAUUUACAGACUAACACCCCCAUACUCUUCUGUGGCAAGGCAGCUUCUUUUUCUAUGUAUUUAUUUUUGUUGGUUUACUUUUGUUUGUGCAAGCCACGGUGUCCCUCAAGGAGUGUGCUUGAAUGGUUAAGUUAUUUCAGUGGCCUGUCUCUCUGCUUAAGAUGUUCUUACCAUAUCAGUCACCUCUGGAUAGUUCUGCAUUCUUCCUGCAAUAGAGACUUGUUCUCUGUAGAUAAUUGGCCGCUUUUAGAUUUUCGAUGCUCCCUAACUGUCUAGCUUAGAUUUCGAAUGCUUCUUAAAAAGCUGGACAAAUCGAGGAGACUAAAAGUAGAGGUCCAUUAUCCUUUCUACAGUUUCCAUUUGGUUUUGGUAAUUUCAAUAUCAAUUGAGAUCGUUUUCCCUUUCCCUAAAUACCUUUAUUUAUUUAAGAAAUAGUCAAACUAUCUGCGGUUCGGCUUGAAUGUGCUCGCGGACUGGAUCCGGUGUUUAACAUCACUGGGGUAAGUGAAUGACUGCUGAUAAGAUUUAGUGUAGUGCUCUCCCAAUGUUUUCUGCUACCCUAGAUCUCCCCAGGUCUUAACCCUCACUCACUCGCUGCCCCAGCUCCUCAAUGGGCUUUUCUUUCCACACCUCCAUCCUCACUCAUGUCCAGGAGGGAAAUGAGGGCCUAUAGCCUUCACUGUCUCACUCCAAAAUAAUAGCGACCCAUGGCCUGACCUGUUUUGCUUCUCAUAAUAUGUAUAUUUUUUACCUGUAAAAAUAAAAUAAAAAUCUGUAUAGACAA